GACUUUUGUCAUGUUGGAAGUGGCGAAUUCUUUCUAAAGUUUGGUUCAUGAUUCGCAUAGUUUAGUCCAUAUUACGGCGAUUAUACGAUGUUUAGUUAAUUAAAAUGUUCUUAAGUGGCCUGCUUUAACAUUGGGACAGUGUUAUUUAAUAGAUACAGGCUCAUCGGAACGGUAUAAUUGAUGUAAAAAGCCACCAUGUCUCCUAAUAGAUGUGAUGGUUUACUGGCAAGGGUUGAUUUUCCGCUGUACACGCUUCAAACUCUUACGAAUCGACACGUAAUUGUUGCGGGUGGUGGAGGAGCCGCAGCCACAGGCGUUGCUAAUGGAUUUGAAAUAUUUGAGCUCUCACACAAUGGAACUAGAUUUGUUGCCGAAGAGGUGAUGCGUCACGAGACUGGGCCGAAUGUGGUGAUGAACUGUUCUGUGCGGAGUAACCAGAACAAGACAUAUUUAACCGCGGGCCAGGAGAGUCACUGUCAGCUCUAUAAAGUGAACAUUCGCAUGGUGGAUGCGGCGGAAAUGCGCAGAGGCAGCUUCAGAGCAGAGAAUGGCCUGGUGAGGAGAAGAAGGCGCACCGUAUCAGAGAAUGACAAUAUAUCUAAGAAGGACAGCAACAGUAACACUACGGAGAAAAGAAUAUCAUUUGAAAUAAGGCCUAGCGACAGUGUGCAGACAGAUUUCAGCAACGACCCGCUGCAGCGAGUGGUGCGGAUCAGCCACAACAGUAAGCUGAUGGCCACGGGCGGCAUCGACGGCAAGGUCAGGGUCUGGGGGUUCCCGAAGAUGGAGCUCCUCUACGAGCUGGAGGGACACACGAAAGAGAUCGACGACCUAGACUUCAGCCCGUGCGACACGUCCCUGGUGAGCAUCGCGAAGGACGGGCUGGCGCUGCUGUGGGCCACGAGCGCCAGGCGCGCGCCCGCGCUGCAGAUCACGUGCCAGCCCCCCAACGGGAACAAGUACCUGUUCAGACGAUGCAGAUUCGGCUUAAUAGAAGACAAGAAGAAUGAAUACAGGAUGUUCACAAUAGCGAAUCCUCUGACCCGGUCCGGGCGGCAGCGCGGGCUCCUGCAGUCGUGGGAGCCAAAGACCGGAGCCCUGCGGAACUCCGCCCUCGCUAACGAGUCACUGUCGGCGCUCGCAGUGCGGGACGACGGACGCUUCGUGGGCGUCGGCACCAUGUUCAGCGGAUCCGUCGAUAUUUAUAUUGCUUUCAGUUUACAGCGAGUCCUGCACGUGAAGAACGCGCACAACAUGUUCGUGACGGGGCUGGAGUUCCUGCCGGUGCGCGGCUACGGGCCGCCCAUCACGAGCCGCUCCGAGGCCGCGCUGCUCUCCAUCUCCGUCGACAACUGUCUCUGCGUGCACUCACUACCGCAUCGAAGUACUGUACCUGCCUGGGUUGCCAUCCUAUUAAUAAUAUUCGUACUAUUCUGUACCUUCACGCUAUGUUCGUACAUGGGCAUUUAACGUUAUAUAUUAUUAUAUCAAUAUUUAUUGUAAACUAAAUUGUCCAGUCAUUUCAUAUUUUUUACCUGGAAUUUUCUUGGUGUUUUGAAAAUAUGUGAAUUUAUAUUUUAAUUAUUAAUUUGCUACCUAAUCUUUGCCGGUCUCAAAUAUUGAAAAACCUUUUCAUUCAUUUCACGAUAAAAACGUGCCUGUACAAAAUAAAUAACAGAAUCAUCUACAAAGUCUAUACCAAAGAAAAUUAACACUCAUUGGAAUUCUUCUCGAGAUAAACCACUUAAGUUUCAAAAGGUGCCUAAUACUUUUUCCUUAACUUUCUUUAAUUCACAAAUUAAAUCUAUUUCAUUUAUUAAAAUAUUAACGUUAACUAAAACUUAUAAACACAGAUGAUCUCAAUAUAACUUAAUAAGGAAUUUUUGCAAAGUUAGGGGUUUUACGGCGAACAUAGUCGACUUUACCAAUUUGCCUAAAAAAUGUAAUCCAUUUCGCACCUCCCUUAUCGUAAAAUGAAUCCAAAAGAAUGUCUGAAACAGUUUAAUGAAUGCGAGUAGACGAGGCUUUGAACUCUUUUAUAUAUGACACAAGAAACUAAAAAGCGACUUACUUUGUUCUUAACAUAAGAACGUAUAGUUGUCUGUAACUUACGUGAGGCACCUACAUCACUGCAAACCGACUGUUUAAACCAUUUCUUGUCAUUGCUGAUGGGUGAAACGCGCAUUUUUUCUAAUAUAGCGGCCAUAGAGACAUAUACAUAAAAUAAAAAUAUCGUAAAUGAACUAAUUUUCAAAAUUCCCAGAUCAUUUUCCAGGUAAACCCUAUUUUCCGUACCAAGUGACUGGACGCGAAAUAAUUGAAACUAUUUCUUAUGUAAGUAAUUCGGGGUUAUGUUAGUAUAAUUUUAUUGUAAUAGGCAAUUAUGAAUAUUACGCUCAUAUACAUAUGAUGUAUGUAUAAAAUAGGAUUAUGCAAUUGAAUUAAAUGAGGUGCAAUGUUGCAAUAA